AUGCUGCCUUCUCUGCUGCUUUUCUUCCUCCUGCCAAAUAUCCUGCUUGGUGACCAUCUUGACGUCAAGGCACCGACACCGUGCGAAGUGUGCAAGUUGUUCUGCCACGAAUUUAUGGUGCGCUAUAAUGCAACCGAUAGCUCGGCAAUGCUCGACUUUCAUGGGGCCUCCGAUAAGAAGGUGCCCUAUUCCACAUCAGAGUUGCGGCUGACAGAAAUAAUGGAGGAUCCAGAUUUGUGCACCAGCAUGCUGCAGUACAGACUUCAUAACGAAAGGAAAGACAGCACUAGGUUUCAGAAGUCGCGGCCACAAACGUUCGAAACCUUGCGUCAAUUGGUGGACCGUGGUGUUGACGUUAAGGUGGACAUACCGCUAGCUUUGUGGGAUUCGCCUUCCGUAGAAAUAUCCAUACUGAAAGAGAAGGUUUGUUCCUCUCGGUCGCCCUCACCACGAUUUCAGUGCGAACAGCUAGUAGUGGAGCAUGAGAGUUUGAUUGAGGAGUGGUUCUUCGAGCACCACGAUGAAACCGGUAUCGUGGACUUCCUUUGUCGACAGCGUCUGUUGAAGGAUAUGCCGUUGGACUGCCUCGAUGAGCCGAUGCUGGUCGAAUCGGGCCACAAGGCGGGUGAGGACGUGGACCUAGCGGCAGAUCAUGAGGUCAACCCAGAAGGUGAUCCAAGUGCAAAGAGCCAGGUGGAGUACUCCGAGGCACGAUCAUUGACGGAGCUUUGA